AUGCUUUCUGUAGCCAAUUCUUUGCCGCAUCAACUUGUUAAAAAAAUUAAAUGGCAAACAUGUCUCAAUGGUAAAGUUCCCUUUCCAUCACUUGAUAUAAAAACCUCAGCUAAUGAUAUAGCCCAAGGUCAAAAAGAAACUUUUACAGUUUCUGCAUCUCUUCCAGAUGAUAUCACUGAAACUGACUUGCUUGAACUAAGUUUUCUUGAUUUUAAUAGUGGUGAAAGUUAUAAUUUUUCACCGCCUGUUUGUGGAAAAAAUAAUCUUCCUCAAUGCCCAAUUAAAGCUAAUAUCAAAUUUAGCGUAAAACAGAUGAUUAAAGUGCCAACAUUUCCGCCUAUUAAUACCUUCGAGCUUGAUAUUAUAAUUGGAAAACUAUCUGAUAAUAUUAUUAAAGG